AUGAAGAAACCAUGUAUUGAAGCAGACUUGGUUUUAACUUUGGUACCUUUGCUGGAGAGCACAGACCAAGACAUGUUGCUUCAUGCUGGGAGAGCAAUUGGCCGCAUCUGUUACGACAACCGGGAUCUUCAGGAAGAGCUGGUGAAGGUAGGAGUCAUCACAUCACUGGUCAGAAUACUCACUGAUUAUGCAGAGAGUGAGCCCCUUAUCCACGUUGAUCUGUUGGCCUUAUGCAAUCUUGCAGACCUUGAUACAGCCAAGGAAGCUCUCAGCAAGACCAAAGUUGCUGAACAGCUGGUGAAACAACUGAGAAGAGCAAGGAACCAUGAGAGGUUAGAAAUGGUCUUUGAGAUCCUGCAAGCACUUGCAGAAAAUGAUGCUCUGAAAGUGCAGCUGGUGGAGGCAGGCGUGCAAGAAGCACUGUCCGAGAUCCUGCUGAGGCUCCAGUGCAGUUCACAAGCUGAGGACACGUGCAUUGUGAAGGCUGCAUCAGAUCUCAUUGUCUCCCUGCUUCUUGGAGAUGGCAACUGUGUACGAAUGGUGCAGCUGGGAGUCAUACAUCAGCUUGUGGAUCUUUUGCAGAAACAUGCAGAGAGUGAAGAUGUCUCUGUUCAACAAGCUGCACUCAGUGCACUUCAAAACCUUGCUAUUCCAGUUGUUAUCAAGGUUCAAAAUCUGGAGGAAGGAGUGGCAGAACGAAUCCAUACACUUGUAAGGUCAGAGAUGCCUCCUGUGCAGUUUAAACUUCUUGAAACACUACGGAUGUUAGCAGAUGGUCAAGCUGACACAGCUGAAAUUUUGGGUCAGGACCCUGUGCUGCUCCACAGACUGGUCCAGUGGUGCAGUGGUGCAGACCACACGGGUGUCCAUGGGGAAGCAAACAGGCUGCUGGCAUCCAUCCUGAGUCACAACAGAUCCCAGGAAGUGGUCAAAGCCAUCCAGGAGGCACAAGGAGUGAAGCAUCUGGUUUCCAUGACAACAAGCAACCACGCUGCCACACAGAAUGAGGCUCUGAAUGCCCUGACAACAGCAUCUGCAAUUGAUUUAGAUACCCUUGAAGAAUCUUUUAAGGAAUCACAGCUAGUUCAAAGCUUACACAAACUUCUACAAGAUGAUAAUACAAGUCCUGAGGUGAAAUGUAAUUCAUUGGGUCUUUUGUGCAGUCUUCUUAAUUCAGGUGACCUGAGACAAGAAAUAGAAGAGGACAAGAUUAAGGAAACCCUUGAACAACUCUGCAGCCACAGCAAUGCAAACGUGGUCAAGGAGGCUGCCAUGACUUUACAGCUUUUGAGAGGAGAGAGACCCCACUAA